AUGAAGACUGUACUCUUUCUACGGUCUCAGCUUUUUUCUAGGCCACAUUUUGCCAGAAGUGCGUUAAGAAGGUAUUCCGGAUUUACAAAGCCUUUUACCUCACAGCUACCAACAAUCUAUGCAUUGUCUACACCAGCACAUCAAACCUCUGCAAUAGCAAUCAUAAGAAUAUCGGGUUCUCUGUGUAAGUACAUUUACAGUCAACUAGUACGUUCAAAUGAGAAGCCACCGAUAAGGAAGGCCAUUUUGAGAAACAUAUAUUUGCCGACUUCUUUUAGAGCAGAACAACUUCACCGUCAAAAGGAAAGUAAACUAUUAUUAGAUUCCUCGUUACUAUUGUAUUUCCAAGCUCCACAUUCUUUCACUGGUGAGGAUGUACUAGAACUACAUGUUCACGGUGGGAAAGCCGUAGUUAAUAGUAUACUAAAGGCAAUCGACUCGUUACACGAUAGAAGUAGCGGCAAAGAUAUAAGAUUUGCAUUUCCCGGGGAUUUCUCCAGGAGAGCAUUUCAAAAUGGAAAGUUUGAUCUCACUCAACUUGAAGGUAUCAAAGAUUUGAUUGAUUCGGAAACAGAAUCUCAAAGAAGAUCUGCCUUGUCAAGUUUCAAUGGGGAAAAUAAGAUCCUGUUUGAAAAUUGGAGAAUGUCUAUUAUAGAAAAUAUGGCUCAGUUGACCGCUAUUAUAGAUUUCGCCGAUGAUAAUAGUCAAGAAAUUGAUAAUACAGACCAGAUUUUCCACGUGGUAGAGAAUAACAUCACACUUUUACGAGACGAGAUUAUUACUUUUAUGCGAAAGGUGGAAAAAUCUACAAUUUUGCAGGAUGGAAUAAAGUUAGUACUACUUGGCGCUCCCAACGUUGGUAAGUCUUCAUUAGUGAAUAACUUAACUAACGAUGAUACAUCGAUUGUCAGUGAUAUACCUGGCACGACUAGGGAUUCGAUUGAUGCUAUGAUAAACAUAAAUGGCUAUAAGGUUAUUAUUUGUGACACUGCAGGAAUAAGAGAGCAAAGUUCUGAUAAGAUCGAAAAACUGGGCAUUGAGAAAGCCAGGAAAAAAAGUAUACAGAGCGACUUGUGUUUAUUUAUUGUAGAUCCCACCGACUCUUUGAAACUUGUGCCUGAAAACAUCUUAACCCAUGUGCUAUCGGAUACCUUUAAGGACAAGCGAGUGAUUAUUGUAGUCAAUAAGAAUGAUUUAGUUUCUAGUGGUGACAUGGUAAAAGUUGUAAAUAAACUACAAAUUAAAUUCGGAGAAAAAUACCCCAUAGUGAGCGUGUCUUGCAAGACGAAGAAGGGGAUAGAAUCAUUAAUCGAAACCCUGACAAAGAAUUUCAAAUGCUUGUCUCAGUCAAACGUCGAUUCUAGUCCUAUUAUUGUUUCCAAAAGGGUUACUGAAAUCCUGAAAAAUGACGUACUUUACGGUCUGGAAGGGUUUUUUAGUUCUAAAGAUUUUGAUAAUGAUAUAGUUCUGGCUACAGAGAAUCUAAAAUACGCAGCAGAUGGAAUAGCCAAGAUUACGGGACAAGCUAUUGGCAUUGAAGACAUUUUAGAUUCAGUGUUUAGUAAAUUUUGCAUAGGGAAGUAG